AUGUCGUGCGCGUCGUGCCUCCAUCCCACUGCGGACGAGCAAGUUGUGUGCAGUGGUUACUGCGAUGGUGUUUUCCAUCUUACCUGUGCCGGGCUGUCCCGUGAGGCAACUAAGGAACUGGGGAAAAACCCCCAGCUUGGCUGGUUUUGUUCCGAAUGCACCGAGUUCCGUAGCAGCAACAAGAAAGGACUGGUGGGUGAGCUAGGCGUGCUGCUGAGCAAGCAGAAGGAUGAACUUCUCACUAAGCUGAACGGCUCAUUUCUCUCACUACUGAACAACAUUCGAGCUGAGUUCACCAAAAAUGCUGAGAUGCUGGUGGAGGCCACCGCCAAGCAGGCACUGAUGAGGCUAGCGAAUUCUCGCUCCCUUAACACACCAACGCGCAAUGCACUUUCCGCACCACUACACGGCCACACACCUGUUCUCACCGAUAGCGCUCCAAAACGCCGCUUGAUCGACCGGUCGCCGCCCGUUGCCACACCGGCCCCACCAUCGAUGGCUCUCGGCACCGCCAUUCCACCGCCCAAUAUCCGUACCGUCCCGCAGGUGGGACGCACCUGGAUAUAUCUAAGCCGUUUUGCUCCGGACGUGACGGGUGAGGAUGUCCGGUCCUUGGUCACGACUCAGGUUGGCACGGAUGACGUGAUUGUGCGACGUUUGGUACGACAUGAUCGUGAAGCCUCACGUCCACUUACCUUCGUGUCGUACCGUGUUGGAGUUCCCGCAGAACUGAGUGGGACCGCACUGUUACCAGCCACGUGGCCGCGGGGAAUAGCUUUCCGGGAAUUUAUCGAUCGGCCCUCGGUCGCUCCUCAGCCGGUUUGGCGCCCGAGCCAGCACCCAUUGCCUCCGCAAGAUCGACCGAUCAAUUCACUUGAUGCCGUUGUCCAGCCUCCAUCUCCACGGAACGAACUAAACUUCACGGCUAAUGUUGUCGCGUAG